AUGAAGCAGAAUAUGGAGAAGUCUAUCUGGGCCAAACUUAUCAAGGGUACUGAACCGCCUACUAGAUGUUAUGUCGACUAUGAGAAACACCUCGAUCGGCUAUGCUCUACUAUUCGCAAGCUCUAUGACAAUGAUGAUGCUAUUGCGAAAGCUGAAGUCAAGUUCGUUACUUGUCGUCAAGGUAACUCUGAGUCUCUCGCUAGGUAUGUCAAGAGGCUCGAGUCUAUUGUCACCGAACUUCACUUCAUGGGUAUUCGUACGUACGAGUACAUCCUCAAACGUCGUCUCUACGAUGGUCUCAACUCCGACUACCUACGAGAAAAGGUCGACAAGGAACUGAGUGACCCUAAGGUUUCCUAUGAGAAGUUUGUCUCUUAUCUAUCUAACUUUGAGCGCCGACGUCUAGGCCGUGAACAACGACAGAAACUCUAUGAUGAGAUCGUUAAUUCUCGCUUGAGGUCUAAUGAUAAGACCGCCAAGCCAGCUACCUCUAAGGUUCACACCUUAGGUCAUGCCUCCUUCCUCACUAUGAUAUUGAUAUUCCUAUUCAUUCUUGCUGGAAUAAUGCUGUUUGAUAAUAUGCUACCACAGUUUUGGGAAAUGUUCAAGAAACUCGUCCGAGAUAAUUUUGGUAUCGUCGGUAAGGUCCUUCUCGCCGCUGAAUGA